ACAACAUUUAUGCGGAAUGUAAACGGGCUCCUUCAAUAAUUUUGGAAACCCCGACAAACUGGCUUUACAUUGGGUUUAGAGUUUUCGUUGCACAAUCCAAAGAACUUGGAAUUCAUGUUAUAAAAUCUCUUGUUUCUUUAUGUUUGCUUCUUGAUCGCGUUUCUCAGUUCGUCUUUUACUUGUGCGACUUAUCGCCUUAUUGAUCAGCAUGGCCGAUCAGUUAAAGAGCUCUACCGAUGAAAAACCCAAGCCCAAUACCCCUUCAGAGCGCCUCCAGCAGCUGCAGAAGCUGCAGGAUCAAGUGCGCAUAGGCGGUAAGGGUACGGCACGGCGCAAGAAGAAGGUGAUGCAUCAUCCGGUCGUCAAGGACGAUAAGCAGCUAAUCAACACCCUGAAGAAACUGGGCGCCAAUCCCAUCCCGGGUAUUGAGGAAGUUAAUCUGUUUAAGGACAACAACACGGUGACGGUGAUUAAGAAUCCUAAGGUGCAGACAGCGCUGGCCUGCAAUACAUUCUCCGUGGCGGGCACCGCGGUGGAGAAGCCCGCCAGUGAAGUGGUCCCCAGCUUCAACGUCAACAGCAUGCAUCCAGAUAAUCUGAUGCAGUUGCGUAAUCUGGGCAACCUGCUGAAUCGGGCCCGUCAGGAGGGCAAGAUGGGCGGCGGAGCCAGUGCGCCGACGGCCAAUGAUGACGAUGUGCCCGUGCCGCAGGAGAAUUUUGAUCAGAAUGCCUGAACCGGAGUCUGACGGCUUGCAGCAAAUGGCUGGCAACAUUCGUGGUGUAUGCGAUUUUUUUACGUAAAAAAACACCUAACUAAUGUUGCUCUGGGUCUAAUGCGUUGCGGUUACUUUCAUGUUGGAUAAUGAAUGCUGGAGAAGAUUGCGUCUCCGUUUGGAUUAAUAAUACGCUUUUGACACUUCUUUGUAAGUCGGUGAUGUCAAUAAACUUUCAGUAAAUUCGUA